GCGGGGGAGGAAAAAAGCCGCCGCCUCCUCUUCUAGGAGCACUGACGCUUCCCCCCCCGCCCCGCUCAGUCAAUGACCCGAAAUUGGCGCCAGGCGAGCGCGCAUGCGCGACUGAGGAAGCGGGUGUGUCCCGAGAAUUGUGCGCCUGCGCAGCUGUCCGCGGAGCAGCGUGCCGCUCUCGAGAAGUGCGCGUGCGCGGCUGAGAAGCGUGCCCCGACUAGUCCUGCGCGUGCGCGGCUGAAACCCCUGCCUUGUUUAGCCUCUUCCCCCUUCUCUGGCUCUCGUCUUGCAGGAGAGGAGAGGCGUCUGUGCUGCUUAAGAGGCCCGCCAGGGUCGGGGCGGGGGGGCUGGAGGAGAGCUUUUGAGAACAAAACCAGCUGAUCGGAUCCUGCCACUUUUGCUUUGGGCCUGGAAGAGUGGUGGGGGAGGAAGGAAGCUGGCGGGAAAUGCCUGGCCCGGUGAAGCUGGAGACCCAAAAGCCUGUUGGUGGGGCUGCCUGAGCUCUAAGGCAGGCCCCAGGAGCAGGUCGGGUCAGCUGCCCUUGGCUGCCUGAAGAUCACCCCCCCCCACCCAGGGCCUCAGGUGGGUGCAGCAGCAGAGACCCCUCUGGAGCAGAUACAAGCCUCUGCUGUCUGUCUGCUUGCCUUCAAGUCGGUUGAUGAGUGAGCACACCCAGCAGUCGUCCAUGGAGAAAUUCCUCACCCGAGGGGCUCUGAAGACCACAGCAGGGACGAAGACCCAGAGAAGACCCCUUAGGCCGACAGAAGGAGAGGAUGCAGCCUGUGCUGAGGAAGGCAAGCAAGCGGCGGAAGAGAAAAGGCCGAGGCUGGAAUUGGAAAUGCGCCCCCAGGACGGGCCCGCCUUGAGAUGUGCUCCUUGGAAGCAGAUCCGGGCCGAGGGGCUCAGCUGCGAUUACACGGUCCUGUUUGGCAAGGCUGAGGCUGAUGAUUUCUUCCAGCAGUUGGAAAAGGAGGUAGAGUAUUUUGAAGGGGAACUUACCAAGCUUCAUGUCUUUGGCAAGUGGCAUAAGAUUCCAAGGAAACAGGUGACUUAUGGGGACGUGGGUCUGACGUACACUUACUCGGGUGUCACCUUCUCUCCCAAGCCCUGGAUUCCGGUGUUGAGUCGCAUUCGAAAUCGGAUUCAUACAGCUACUGGCCACACCUUCAAUUUUGUCCUGAUUAACAGAUACAACGAUGGACAUGAUCACAUGGGUGAGCACAGGGAUGAUGAGAAAGAGCUGGUCCCUCGCAGCCCCAUCGCCUCGGCCUCCUUCGGAGCUUGCAGGGACUUUGUCUUCCGACACGGCACCUCCCAAGGCAAAAGCCCUUCACGCCGCAUCGACCCCAUCAAACUGCAGCUGGAGCAUGGCAGCCUGCUGAUGAUGAACUACCCUACCAACCGCUACUGGUACCACAGCGUCCCCCGCCGCGCGAAGGUCUUGGCCCCGAGAAUCAACCUCACUUUCCGGAAAGUGAUGGCUCUCUAGCCGACAGGAGUGGGGUGAACACUCCUGACUGUUUCAGAAGAAGGACUUCCUCUUCUCGGAGUCUGGCUGUCUCUCUGCUGCAUAGGGGUGGCAGGAAAUGCCGCCUCUUUAAUGUCUUAAUGUGAGCAAGAAAAGCAAAAGCAAUUGCAGACGGGGCCGGAUACGUGAUAUUAAAUGUUGCUGCUGCUGCUGCCUAUUCAGGCUUCCAGGGGCUAUGCUAGAGUCAAAUUAUGGGCAACAGGCUUAGAGCAAUCUGGGGGUCUUCCUUCAAAAGGGAGGAGGAAUACAGCAAAUUGUUUCUAAAGUUGUCCCCUAGCAGGACAGACAGAAUCCCUUUCCCUUGUUUCCAGGUUUUUCAUGAUGGCCUUUCAGCUCGUCAAGUUAAGACUCCCAUUCCCUACUGUUCUCUCUUUAGGAAUGAAAGCAGUGCGGCAAGAGGUCACAAGUCUGCAUUAAGUUUACAUUUUAAACAAGGGUAUUUUUUAAAAGGAGGAACAUUACAGAUCAAGUUUUUGAAAAAUGCUGUAAAAAUCUGAUAAUUUAAGCAUCAA